AACUGAUUGCAUUUCCUUUGUCCAGGUUAUUAGUAGGGCUUAUAAUUUUUUUGGCAAUGCGCGAAUAUCUGCGGAAAAGUUCCUAUUACAAGUCACUGCUGAGAAAUGCAACAGUGAACCAUCUCUCUAGCAGAGCUUCGUCCGACACGUCUGGCAACGUCAUCGCUCGCUUCAGCAAUGGCCGCAGCCUAACCCUGGAGACUGGGCGGCAUGCGCGCAUGGCGGACGGUUCGGUCGUGGCCACAAUGGGCAACACGUCGGUGCUGGUGACGGCCACAAGCAAGCCUUCCUCGACCCCUCAAUCCUUCCUGCCCCUGACGGUGGACUACAGGCAGAAGUACGCCGCCGCAGGCCGCAUCCCCACCAACUACCUCAAGAGGGAACUCGCUCCCUCCGACCACGAGAUUCUCACAAGCAGAGUUAUCGAUCGAUCUGUGCGGCCAAUUUUCCCGGUUGGUUUCAUGGACGAGACGCUGCUAACGUGCAGCCUGAUGGCCGUGGACGGCUUCAACAGUCCCGACGUGAUCAGCAUCAACGCUGCGUCUGCGGCGUUGGCUGUAUCACCCAUCCCUUGGGGCGGGCCGGUGGGAGCUGUAAGGAUGGGCUACAGUGACGACGAGCUUCUGGUGAACCCUACGAGGAGGGAGCUGCAGCACAGCGAGCUGGACCUCGUCGUUACGGCGGGGCCCAAGAAAACUGUCGUAAUGUUGGAGGGCGGAUGCAACAACAUCCUGCUACCCAAGCUGCAGAAGGCCAUCAAGGCGGGCGUCAAGGAAUGCCAGGUUGUGGUGCAGGCCAUACAGAAGCUCGCUGAGCGCUACGGCAAACCCAAGAAUUCUUUCCAGAAGCCACAACUUCCUCUUGAAAUAUUUGAGGCUGUCGAAUCUCUGAUCAGCGAGCGGAUCACGGAAAUAUUCCAAGACUAUUCCUACGACAAGCAGUCGCGUGACGCAGCCAUCACCGCCGUGCGAAGAGACGCGAGCGCGACGCUGGCUCAGCAGUUCCCUGACCGCAGCGCCGAAGUCGAGAGCGCCUUUAAUGAAAUCACUAAGAAAAUAUUCCGGCAGCUGGUGCUGGAAACCGGUGUUAGAUGCGACGGCCGCGGGUGCAGCGACCUUCGUGCGAUGCAGUGCAGGAGUGACGUGUUCCCCGCACUGCACGGGUCGUCGGUGUUCCAGCGCGGCCAGACGCAGGUGCAGUGCACCGUAGCCUUCGACAGCCUGCACGCUGACAGUCCCCUCAACCCCCUGCUGCAGGCCACCGGAGGAACCAAGGACAGAAAUUUCCUGCUGCACUACUCGUUCCCUUCGUUUGCAACGAACGAGCUGGGGCGCGGCGGCGCUGUUACGAGGAGGGAGAUCGGCCAUGGAGCUCUAGCUGAGAAAGCUCUGCGCCCUCUCCUCCCCACCAAUCAUCCCAUGACAAUACUCCUCUCAGCGACUGUACUGGAAAGCAACGGCUCGUCAUCAAUGGGUACGGUGUGCGGCGGCAGCAUGGCUCUCUACGACGCUGGAGUGAAGCUCACCGCACCCGCCGCUGGUGUAGCGCUGGGUCUCAUCUCCAGCAGCGACGACAGCGGCAACAUCACCGACUACAAGAUCCUCACUGAUCUGCUGGGAAUUGAGGAUUACUUGGGGGAUAUGGACUUUAAGAUAGCCGGCACCCGGCAAGGGGUGACUGCCCUGCAGGCUGAUAUCAAGCUUCCAGGCGUGCCUCUUUCCAUCAUCAUGGAGGCGUUACUGAAUGCAACCCCCGCGCGGAAUAAGAUCAUACAGCUGAUGAACGACGAGAUAAAGCAGCCCCGGGAGAGCAAAGACACGUGGCCUGAGGUGAUGACACUCGAAGUGCCGCCGUCCAGACGCGCCAGGCUCGUCGGUCCUGGAGGCACGACGCUGCGCAAGAUCCAGGCACAGACUGGAGUCGAGAUAUGGUGGGAGGAUGCCAGCCACAUCUGCGUGUUCGCGCCCAACCGCUUGGCGUUUGAAGAAGCCAAGGAGACGCUGGACGCGCUGCUGGAAGAUAAAGAACCAACACUCGAGUUCGGCGCCAUCUACACGGCCCGCAUCUCGGAGCUCAGGCCCACGGGAGUCAUGGUGCAGCUCUAUGACGACAUGACUCCUGUGCUGCUACACAACUCACAGCUCGACAUGAAGAGGGUUCAACACCCUAGCGCCCUAGGUUUAGAAGUGGGCCAUAGCAUCAAAGUGAAGUAUUUUGGCCGUGACCCGAGCAGUGGUCAGAUGAGGUUGUCACGACGAGCCAUCCAAGCUGUGUCGGCUGUGACAAGAGACCUGCAUAAAGCAUCCAGCGAACCACCGUCUCCUGCAGUGGCCUCUCAGGCUACUGACGCCGCAGCAACUUCUGAUGAAAACUUUGCUGCGUCAAAACAAUCAGAAAGCUUGUGAAAUUAGUAUUAUGAAUUUUUAGUCUUGCAUUGCGAGGAUUUGUGGCACGGUCAGUAGGAGGGAUUAAUUUGAGGCAAUUAAAACAUUUAAAAUGUUUUAAAUUCGGCUGGCUUCUAGGAAUAUUGGUAUCAGGCGAUAGAUUUUUUACUGCUCUUUGGGCGAAUCUUAAAAAUUGUUAUCCAGUCCUACAAUGAUUGUUAAUUAUUACAUAAUUCUAGGGAUGAGUGUUGCUCGUACCGACACAUUGUAAAGCGAGAUUCUUCUAGCUCUCCUUGCUUUUUUGAUUCGCUGUUGAUGUCCUGAUAAGUUUUACCAACUUUUCAUGCCCGUUUUGAACGAUGUUUUACAAAGGAAAGCGUGUGCUUCCACCCAAGUUUGUUUAUUGCUAGCCGUGCUCAGCUGUCUGUGAUUUCCGUCUAUUAGUCGCUAUGUAUUCUAGUCCAUAUGACCCGAUGUUGCGCGGCGUCAACAAAUCUGUGAACUCUAAAGAAUAAUUACAAAGCAUUUGCAAAUCCCCCUGACAUGAAUCGUUAAGCGUCCUGUUCUGAUAUGAUCAAUCUGAACAGAAAAGAUUUGGCUUCUCGAACGUCGCAGCAGUUCAUGUUUCACUUCAAAGUAAUGUACAUUGUUAACUUGUGCAUAUGUAAAGUACUGAAAGUGUACAGUUUUUUUUAUAAGUCGUAUAUCUGCUUGUCAAAAUAAGACAUUCCCUAAUUUGUA